AAAAAGUCAAAGUGAACGAUAAUAAUAACCGUUCUAACUCCAAGUCAUGGUUGUUUCCACCGCUCUCCAUCACCACCCUCACUCUUGAUCCAAUCCACCUUAAAACCCUACUCGCUUCAGUUCUUCACUCUCUGCAUAAACCCUUCCAAAUUCGCUUUCUCCUUUUCAUUCCUAUCAAAGUUUUCUCUUUCUUUGUGUAUUUGACUUCGCAUUUUUGCUCUGUUUAGAAACUGGUUUGACUUGAAUCGAAGAUGAGGGGUCCCACCCCAAACACCGUUGAGCCACGUCACCGAUUAUCAACUUCUUCAUUCAGUGAAGAUACUACCAAGAGAAGGUCUCAAAAAAAUAAGGAUUUUAAAGAUGUUGAGAAAGCAUCACAUAUUCCGUUCCAAGAUAGGAGUAUAAAUUGCAAGCCGAAUUGGAAAAUUAUUUUGGUUAUUAUUGUCUUGGGAACCUUGCUUACAAUUUUCCAUCCUCCAGCUGUUUAUAAUACUGAUCAUAUAUCAAACUCUAUAUCACGGCCUACAUUUGUAAACGACCGGAAUGGGGAGCUCGAUGGAACUGAUCCGCGUUAUGCAUCAUUUCUAAAUAUUGACUGGAACCAAAUAACUAAUGUUCUGGAAAAUUUGAAGGAUAAGGACACAUAUCAGGGUGUUGGCUUAUUAAACUUCAAUGACAGUGAGAUUGACCACUGGAAGCAACUAGUACCAGAAGCCGAGCAUGUAAUCCUUCGCCUGAACUAUGCUUCAAGUAACAUCACGUGGGAAGACUUGUAUCCAGAAUGGAUCGAUGAAGAAGAAGAGUAUGAGUUUCCUACUUGUCCAACACUACCUAGGAUUCAGGCACCAGGAAAACCACGGCUUGAUCUUAUUGCUGUUAAGCUUCCCUGCGAUAAGUCAGGGCGCUGGUCAAGAGACGUAGCUCGUUUGCACCUGCAGAUUGAAGCAGCAAGACUUGCUGCCACUUCCAAAGGGUUUCAUCCAGUGCGUGUUUUUUUUGUGACCGAUUGUUUCCCAAUUCCAAAUCUCUUUACUUGCAAGGAUGUUAUACAGCGUGAAGGGAAUGUCUGGCUUUAUGAACCUGACCUGCAUAAACUCAGAGAGAAGCUGCAGUUACCAAUUGGCUCAUGUGAACUAUCAGUUCCUUUGAAGGCUAAAGAAAAUUUUCACUCGGAAAGGGCACACCGAGAAGCUUAUGCAACAAUCCUGCACUCUGCACAUAUUUACGUUUGUGGAGCCAUCACUGCAGCUCAAAGUAUUCGAAUGUCUGGUUCAACACGUGAUCUUGUGAUUCUGGUUGAUGAAACAAUAAGUGAUUAUCACAGGAGUGGCUUGGCAGCAGCUGGAUGGAAGAUCCAUACAAUUCAAAGAAUCAGGAAUCCAAAGGCAGAACCAGAGGCAUAUAACGAGUGGAACUACAGCAAAUUUCGUCUCUGGCAGUUAACAGAUUACGACAAAAUCAUUUUCAUCGACGCCGACCUUCUUAUACUCAGAAAUAUCGAUUUUCUUUUUGAGAUGCCUGAAAUAUCAGCCAUAGGAAACAAUGCUACACUGUUCAACUCAGGUGUAAUGGUGGUUGAGCCAUCGAAUUGCACAUUUCAACUACUUAUGGAUCACAUUAAUGAGAUUGUAUCCUACAAUGGUGGGGACCAGGGUUAUCUAAAUGAAAUUUUCACAUGGUGGCAUCGGAUUCCAAAACACAUGAACUUCUUGAAACAUUUCUGGGAAGGCGACGAGGAUCAGAAAAAGGCGAUGAAAACUCGUCUCUUUGGAGCUGAUCCACCAAUCCUUUAUGUCAUCCACUAUCUAGGUACUAAACCAUGGCUUUGUUUCCGAGAUUACGACUGCAACUGGAACGUGGACAUUCUGCAGGAGUUUGCGAGCAAUGUAGCUCAUGCGAGGUGGUGGAAGGUUCACGACGCCAUGCCAGAAAACUUGCAGAAGUUCUGUUUGCUUAGGUCGAAGCAGAAGGCAGCGUUAGAGUGGGAUCGUAGACAGGCCAAGAAAGGAAACUACAGCAAUGGUCACUGGAAAAUUAAGAUAAAAGACCCGCGUUUGAAAACGUGCUUUGAGGAUUUUUGUUUCUGGGAGAGUAUGUUAUGGCAUUGGGGUGACAAGAAUUGGACAGAUAAUUCUACUGUUAACAAUUUGCCACCUGCUGCUGUCAAAACUAAAUCUCUAUCUUCUUUAUGAGUUUUACUUCUCAGACUUGGUGGCAUACAUAUUCACAUGUUUUCGCAAUGUGAUUUGAUUUCUCUCACUCGUCCUAUACUGGAAACAAAAUAUGAUUGCUAAAUUGCAUAUGGGCCAAUAUUAUGUAGCAGCUCGUCAUUAUUCUUUUUCAGAUAUUUACAGAUUAUAGUCAUUUGCAAAUAUGAGUACAAUUUUUGUAACUAUUGAAUGAAUUUCUUAAGAUUUUAUAUACAGAAGUAUGAAUAGAGUUUUGGUAUUGAUAGCCUUUU